AAACGUCGAAAUCAGAAAGUGCAGCUGUGAUAAACAAAUCGCAUGAAUUUAGAACGACCUAUUAGCGGAAGUUGACAGCAUGCAGGUGUGACGUCAGAGGGAAAACAGAAACAAGAUGGAAAACUAAGUUAUACAGGUGCGUAAUAAGCCGUGUUAUCAUGAUGAAUUCUGACCUAAUUACCCCAAAAUUUGACGCUGAUGAUGAAGGAAGCAUGAACGAGGACGAGUCGGAAGUUGUCAUUAGGACAGGGAUAAAUUAUUUCAAAGACUACGUGAGUGCGAAGGGACACAGUCUGCAGGCACUUGCUAUGAUGCCGCCCGUUCAAAUUGCAGAUUAUCUGAAAGAUUUCUACACAACUAUUAAGUCCCAGGAUGUCGAGCCUUUUCCGUCGUCUCUGAAAUUCAUAAGGAAUGGUCUGCAAAAAUAUUUUAUGAAGCAUCAUGGCAUUGACAUUGUGAAAGAUAGAGAUUUUGUGCAUGCGAAUAGUGUUUUUGAUAAAGCAAUAAAACAGGUUCCCCGUAGGUGUCAUCGGCUUAGAAUAGAAUUCGAGGAUCUUAAAAAACUCUACAUGGGUCCUGCUUUGGAACUCGAGCAGCCUAUAUGAACAAAGUCUUCUGAUACUUUGCAGAACAAAGUGUUUUUCGAUGUCAAUUUGUACAUUUGCAAUCGUGGAAAAGACUUUCUGAGAGUGAUGUCGAAAUCUGACUUUGAAGUUGCAACAGAUAUGGAGGGACGACGGUAUGUUUGGCUGAAGUAUAAUUCCAAGUUCAGCUUCAAAGAGUUGAUCGGAGGGCUGAGUGAGAAUGACUCGGUCAUUCAUGGAAAUCAGAUUGGCGAACGCAUGUAUGAGCGCCCAGGUGAUCCUAAAUGUCCCGUGGCCUCGUUUCUGCAGUACUUAACACAUCUUCACCCAAUGACGGAGGCGUUCUGGCAAAGACCGAAGCGGAACUUUGUGUCGGAGGAUUAUGUCUGGUACGAUAACACCCCGCUGGGAAACAGCACAAUCAGCAAAAUCAUGACCCGCACAUGUCAGAUGGCAGGACUUUUUGAGAACUACACAAAUCAUGCCAUCAAGAGUACAUACGUACCGGUCAUAGAGAACAUCUGCCAGGAGGCCGCCAGAAAGCGCGUGGAGGGGAGUUCCCCACCCCUGCAGCAGAGAAGACAGGUCUCACGUACAGACUCAGGAAUCGGGGAGGGGUCAGUCUGCUCCGACGUCAAGGACGGUCAGACAGAUGACCUUGAUGAGCCCAAAGAUGGACUACGCCAAGCUAAAAUGAAGGUCCUUGACGUGGUCCAUGGCCUGGAGGUCAAGGACAUCCGUACUUUUGUGGAGUGGAUCAAAACAUUUAGGGUGGAGUAUGAUGGAGGGGGUCUUGUGGUUAUGUGCAGCCCAGUGGACCAAACCAACAGUGAAGCCAAGAGUGACAUCAAACCAAAAAUAGACCUGGGUCUCGUAAAUGGGGACAGACUGCGAGAAUACUCCCCCACCCCACCUCCCAAGAACAAGUCUGGAUCCCCCUCCCCCAUGGUUCUUAAGAAUAUUGACCCCCUGUCCCGUCUUUCCCAUCAGGACAGCAGAGAAAAAUUGGUGGAGGAUCGAGCAGAAGACCUAGGGGUGGCGGUGAAGCAGGUGGAGUUUGAGUGUGUUAACAACACCUACUGCUCCACGUCCAGCCUUGAUCCUCUGAAGAUCACGGUGCCCAGUGAGAAUUCCGUCCUUCUGUCUGGAGUCUCAGACAGUGUCCAGGUACUGGUUCACAACAAAGACUCCCCCUCAGUCAUUCCUGAGCCAUUGAAGUCCCGAAUCUUCUACUCUAAGCACGAGAAAGACGUGGCUGUUCUGUCCGUCUUGAGCAACAAAGAUGGUAACUCCAAAACAGCCUGUGUCCCUUCUACGGCUGCCGCCGAGAAGACGGACUGCUCUAAAAUACUGCAAGAUAAACACAAGCCGGUAAAGAAGAGAAGUCUUACCGACUUGCAUGCUGGGAUACCGAGGGAGGAGUACGAAAUGCCUCCCAGAAAACAGCCAGCCAUCAGUACCAUUCCUCCAUUGAUUCCUAAGUGUCAGCAGACGUCGGAGUUUAAGCCCACGUCUAUUUACAACGUCCCAAUGUUAAGCCAGGUGCCCCUCUACGACAGGCUGCCCCGGUCCAGGAACAUGCCCUUCGCCCCGGUCCACAGGAGCCACAGCAGUCCCCUGAUUACAUUCGCUAACAGUGCACCCUCUACAGUGCUGAGGAACCCUGGGGAGAACGGGGAUAUUAAGAGGGAACAAUACAAGUGAUAAGUCAGUGUUUCUGUAUGAAGAAAGAAGGACCACAUUAUAUCAGAUUUUAGUCAGACUGAGUGUAGUUAAUCUGUUUAGGUUGAGGUGAGUUUAUUUAACUUUAUCACCAGGGUAGUGAUUUUUUGGGUUAAUUGUGUCAACGAGGUCAGAGGUUGUAGGAGGAAGGACAUUUAUAAUUACUGUCAUAUUUUGUAUUAAUUAUAGGGAUAAAGUUUUACUCUUAACUGGUGUUUCCAUACAUUUAAAACUGGUUUUUGACUGGUUCAGUGAAAGAGUUAGUCUCCUUGUUACUGAUAUUGUAUAUUUUAUCAUACAUUUUGAUUUUUUUACUUCCAUGUUUUCUAAAUAGUUAAAAUACUGGAUCAGUGUAUAAACACUAAAUGUGUUUAACAGUAAAGCUUUGGUAUAUUUGUUUGUAUACUUUGAUAAGACACACAUUUUACAAAACUGAAUGUCUUUUAAAAUCACUUUAUUUACAACUUUUGCUGUGUCCAUUUUGUAAUUUCUCUUUUACAUGUUUUAGGGAUCAGAUGCCCGAUAAUAGAGAGGUUAAGCAUUUUAGCGUGUAUGUCUACUUGUACGUGUAAAGCUAGAAGUGAUUUUACACGUAUGCGUAACUAUCGUUGUGUACAGUUUAACAAACUGUACUUGUAACUGUAAGUGUAAAACGUCAUUUGAGCAAGGCACUUUACAAUCCAUUUGUAUUAAAUAAAUCUAUGACUGAAAUAAAAAAACAUACAUUGGAUGUACGUAAUAAAUUCUCAACUUCAUACCAAAUACUGGCUGAAAAAUAUAUAUGCUG